AUGAUGACGCAAUUGCGAUCAUCACGAACUAUAUCGACCGGUAUUAUCGCCCUCUACUUGUAUCCUCCCGCUGAUCCCAAUGAGGAUACCGCUGAUGGAGGCCUACUCCUGGGUGGAGGCGAUCCUGGAUUAUAUGAGGGUGCAUUGAAGUAUAUCGACUUCUCUACACACGGACGUUACACCGUAAAUAUCGAUAAGCUACAAGUCGGUGAUGGACACAUAACUCUUGGUAUGAAUAUGAACGUACUACUCGACACCGGCAGCAACAUUCUACUUGUCCCAGGACUAUACUACAACAGUCUCAUCGAGGAUAUUAGAGCCCAAACUUACAAGGCUGCAGGUGUGCAUGUCGAUUUCGUGUACGAUCCAGUAAAGAAGAGAUGGUUCUUUCCCUGCCAAUACAAGACCAAAUUGCCACCGUUGCGGUUUUACUUGGGCCCUCAAGGCAUGAUCCCAUUCUCGAUGACAUACAUGCACUACGCUAAGAGAAUGACCUAUAACCCUGUUAUUUGUAGUCUUAUUAUCAAGAAGAAUCGCAAGAACGAAUGGAUCUUUCCCGAUCGUAUACUGAUCGAUAACUAUUUCCAGUUCGACCCUACUCUCAAACGAGUGGGAAUUGGCAAGUUGAAACCGCGAUCUCCGUAAACAAUUCUCUCCUUUUGUAGAGAGAAUUAUCUCCUCUUAUCUCUUCUGCUUAUCUCUAUCUCAUUUCUUUUCAUUCCAUUCUUUCGAACCCAAGCUCUACAGCAGAAUGCCCUCCAUUAUCGUUGAUCGUUUCAUGAACGCUCCGUGAGAAGACCUCCAACUGGAUUGGUCCUUCUAGUGGUAUGAUUUCACAUAUACCAUUUAGAAGUAUGCUAUUCUUCGAGUUGUUCCAUAGAGAGCUUAUUUUCUGGCGAAUGGGCAGCUUUGUC